CAGAAGGUUGGAGGAGCGCCGAGUCUUGACUGUCCGCCAGCUCUGUGAUGUCAUCAUGGAGGAGUGGGAAAGCUUUCCAGUGGCAGCCGGCGGAGGACAACUAUGCACAAAUCGUCGUCAUUCCUACUUUGAUUUUUUGUUGUUAGUGCGCUUUCAGACAUGCUGCAGUGUCUGCUGCUCAUCGGUUUGAUUGGGAGGCUGUGCAUGUCCCAGCAGAUGACAGCUCAGUGUAACACUCAAACUGUAGAUCUAACAAACUCCAAAUCCUCCCAGUCUUCAACUUACUCUUCUGACGACUACAGCUCUGCCAAAGCCACUGAUGGAAAUCAGUCGUCAUGUUCAAACACUCGAGAACUUCCUUAUUCUUGGUGGAGCGUUGAUCUGCAGGGUGUUUACGAAAUUUCCUGCAUCUCAAUAUACAACAAGAAGGCUGACCAUUCUGGUAUAUCUGGGGCAAAAAUCUACAUUGGGAACUUUCCACAGAACAACAACGUCAACAACAAGCUGGUUUAUAACAUCACCGACUUCAAUAUCGAUCAAAACAAUCUCUGCUCAUUUGAUCCGGUGCUGGGGCGAUAUGUGACCGUCAUGCCAGCAAACCCUUUAGUUCUAUGUGAAGUGAACGUCACAGGCAAAAAGAUAGAAUCUCCCUUUAAACUGAUUGACCAAAACAAGACCUGGGAAGAAGCCCUGUACUACUGCAGGGAUAACCACAGAGAUCUGGCCUCCAUCUUGGAUGAACAGAUGCAGACCUUCGCUGAGCUGGAGGCUGAGAAAGCCAACAGUCCCUUCGUUUGGAUCGGACUUCGCUACACCUGCACUCUGGACUUCUGGUUCUGGGUUGAUGACAACGUUGUAGAGUUUAAACGCUGGGGUAGGGAUGGUUAUAAAGAAGACUGUGACAUGAGUGGAGGCAUGGAGAAAGAAGGAGACCAUCGCUGGUUCAGCAAGUCUGACGAUGAAGAGUUUAAUUUUAUCUGUGCAUCAUAAAAAAUCAACUGUAAUGUGUGAUCAUAAUAAACCCGCUUCAGUAGCGUGUUUAUUAUGUUCUGGUAAUCAUAAAUAAGAUAUUACAUUUACUCAGUUACAUUUGCGUAAUACUGUAUGUUAUGAUCAGUCACUCAGUACUCGAGUAGCCUUCUUAUGAAGUAACUCUAAGCCUUCAAACUAGUCUUUGAAUUAAUAUUUUUACUUUAGUAAUGUCUUGCAGUUCUGCUGCUCUUAAUUCUUUACAACCUGUAAUGUUUUUAUGCUAACAUCAAAAUCACCUUUAUAUGUCAGAAUUUAUUAAAUAAACAGUGAUAUAAUUUUGUGCUGACUUUCAGAAUGAAGAAACAUUUUAUUUAGUCUUCAUAUGCAUUCUACUUUAUAAGUCCAGUUUCUUUUUUUUUCUUGGGAUUAGCAAAACAAUGACUUGAGCCCACUCUGUCAAAAUGAAAAGUUUGAUAUCGAAUCAAUUAUUUCAUUUAAGUUGUACACCAUUUUUAACGUGUUGUGAUUUAUAGAAAUUAUAAACUUACUUGAUUAGCUCCCUCUUGUGGUUAUUAUGUGCUCUGCAGAAUCCAACGUUGCAUUAAAGCUUUAGAGUUUAAUUCAUUUAUGGUGCGUCACACGCAGCAUCACUGCACACAGACAAAAGAAAGGUCCACUCCUACAUGUGUUUUAACUGUUAUUUUAUAGAAACAGGAUUCGUUAAACAGUACAAUCCACUACUCUCCUCCAUGAACUGAAACUUGGGGAAGGAACAUCACUCACUUCACGGAUUCGACACAAAACACAGACUGCAGGUUAGGUUGGUGACUAAUAUCUACAUCAGUGUUCACCUCACACAUACAGAAUACAUGACAGAAGUGACGACAGACACAGCCUGCAGUAUAUGUGGAGCUUUACGAUCAUUUUUGGUGGUAUGUUUGCAUUAUAAUCCCAUGCCACUUUCAUUUCAGUCAGCCAAGUCAGCCGACACAAGCCGCAUUGUGAAAUGUUUGCUCUCUUUUUGGAAGAUUACACAAACCUUUGGGGUCUCUCAGUCAAUCCCAGCCCAGCAGGUUCUCAAAUACACAAGAGUUCAGCUGAGUGAAAUGAAAGCGACAGUUUUAUGCACAAUAUGUCUGAGUGUAACAGGCUGCAGGUCAGUAGUUCAGUUGUCAGGCAAAAGGCCUCACACCUAAUAUCCGGUGCAUGCCGACUGCUCUCUGUGGACUUCUCUAAAUAACAGCAAAAGCCUGUGCUUGGUCUUAUAAAUCCCGCUGCUGCUGCUCUGUGGCUUCUGUUGGCCGGACGUUUGAGAAGUUG